CACAGCCAUGAAGCUGUGUAGUAGGCACGAAUUCUCCGUGGUGAUCAGUUCGAAAUUUUUUUGAGUUCAACACAAAUUUUGGAAUAAAAAUAAAAUGGACUGCGUUGAUGAGGAUCUGACCCCCGAGCAGAUUGCUGUGCUCCAAAAGGCAUUCAACAGCUUCGAUCACCAAAAGUCUGGCAGUAUCCCCACUGAAAUGGUGGCCGAUAUUCUGCGUCUGAUGGGUCAACCCUUUGACAAGAAGAUCCUUGAGGAGCUGAUCGAGGAGGUCGAUGAGGACAAGUCCGGUCGCUUGGAGUUCUGCGAGUUCGUGCAACUGGCUGCCAAAUUCAUUGUGGAGGAGGAUGCUGAAGCCAUGCAGAAGGAGCUGCGCGAAGCUUUCCGUCUCUAUGACAAGCAGGGCAAUGGUUUCAUCCCCACCACCUGCCUGAAGGAGAUCCUGAAGGAGCUUGAUGAUCAGCUGACCGAGCAGGAAUUGGAUAUCAUGAUUGAGGAAAUCGAUAGUGAUGGUUCCGGUACAGUUGAUUUCGAUGAAUUCAUGGAGAUGAUGACUGGCGAGUAAAUUAAAGUAGCAGAUCCACAUUGACACAUCUACACACACACUUACACUUUUACACACACACACAAUCACACACACACA